AUGUCUCUCAAGCGCAAGGCUUCUUUCUCGGCGAUGCCCUCCGCUGCUUCAGCUCUCGCGCCUAGCCAAUGGAGCAUAGCCGAUGGCUCUCAACACCUGAACAGCCGGACGCGAAAGCGUUUCCGAGAUGGACGUCCCAGUGACGAGGUUGUGUAUGAGAAAACCCUCCGCUGGAUAUUCUCCGCCCAGCAACAGCGGCAGCAACAGCGGCAACAACAACCAGAACAGCACCAAAUGGGCACGUCGACUGGCGCGACCGAUGAGGCUAUGGACUCCGAGCCAACCCUUCCCACCCCCGAGACCGUGGAUCCGCGACAGCAAACACUUCUGCGAUUCUUCCAGUCGCGCCCUCAAGGUUUAUCGCCUUUCAGGCCAUCUCGCCAGGCACUUGCGCCUCGGGCCAAUGAGACUGCUAUUGACCAAGAAAAUUUGCUUCGACGUCAUGUGUUCGUGAACCCAGCUGGUAGCUCGAGUGGAAGCGAGACAAUGAGCCCUGGUUUCAACCAAAUGCAUUUGGAUAUGGAUGUGGACAUGGACACUGAUCAGAGCAGUGAACUGUCAAACUCGGCCUCGAAUGUGGAUGUGAUGGGAUGGAUGUAA